AUGGUGGCCGCCGCCCCGAAUCAGAUCGGCGAGGAGAUCACGGUGCCACGAGAGUUGGCUAAGCCUACUGUAAGCCUAAUUCUGAUUUGAAUAUUCUAAUUUUUAUCAAUUUUACUUUUCAAUUUUUUAAAAUUUGAAUAUUUAAAUUCAUUUUUCUAUUUUUGAACUUCAAGUAUUCAAAACUCUUUUAUAUAUUACACAUCUCUAUCACAUGUGUCUUACUUUCAAAUCUAUUUUAGUCAUCUAAACCCAAACUGCCAACUUUGGAAGAGAUCAAGAAUGCCGUGCCGGCUGAAUGUUUCGAGAAGGACUGGAAGAAGUCGACCUUCUUCUUGAUCUGGGACCUUGCUGUGAUUGCGGGCCUGUACUACAUUGUACCAUACGUCGAACAGUACGGAGGAUGGUUGGGUUUCUUGACCUGGUAAGUUAUAUUGCUUUGAGAGAGAGCACAGUAUUAUGUAAACAACGUAAUAUAAGAAGCAGCAACACUUUUAAACAAAAUAAUUUUCACAUAUUUUUAUAUUUUUAAUUGCACGGUAAAGUUGCUUUAACUUUAAAACUUUUACAGUCACAAUAAUUUUUAAAUUUGUACUAUUAUUUUAUCCAAUAUUUAUAUCAUCUUAGGUACUACGUCAUGGGAAUGUUUCUAUCUUCACUGUUCGUUGUUGGUCACGAUGCUGGUCAUGGAACCUACUCCGAGUACAUCUGGCUGAAUGCCAUUGCUGGCCACAUCGCCCACUCUCCUAUCCUCACCCCCUACUGGCCAUGGCAGAAGUCCCACAGACAACAUCAUCAAUAUACAUCACAUCUGGAGAAGGACCGAGGCCAUCCAUGGGUCACAGAAGAAGAACACAUGGACAGGAACUGGUUCCUCCAGAACUUUGCCAAGAUCCCACUCUCUGGAUUCAUCAGAUGGAACCCCAUCUACACCGUGCUCGGUCUGCCAGACGGCUCCCACUUCUGGCCCUUCUCCAAACUCUUCAAGACGACAGAGGAUCGUAUCAAGUGUGUCAUCAGUGUAGCCUGCUGUCUGACCUGUGCCUACGUAGCCUUCCGUCUCUGUGACUACAGUGUCUACAACUUCAUCAAGUACUACUACGUACCAUUGUUGUUCCAGGGUCUGUGGAUCAUUAUGAUUACCUACCUACAACAUCAAGAUGACGAAAUCGAGGUGUACGAAGAAGACGAAUGGAGCUUCGUCAGAGGUCAGACACAGACAAUCGACAGAACAUACGGGUUCUACAUUGACACUUUGAUGCACCAUAUCACUGAUGGUAAGGAAGGUUGAACAUAAUGUUGUUUUUUAUAUUAUCUUAUUUAUUCUUGCGUUUCUAAUUCAAGUUUAAUUUGUUUUGAUGUCUUUCUCUGAAAAACUUUUGAAAUGAAAAUAUUACAGGCCAUGUUGCUCAUCACUUGUUCUUCACCAAGAUUCCUCACUAUCACCUGAUGGAGGCUACUGAAGCCGUGAAGAAGGUGUUCCAGAACUACCCUGGUGUAUAUAAGAGCCAAAACAACUUCAUGACUUUGAUUGACUUCUUACGGUAAGCCUUUUAUUACUCAAUACACAUUACAAUAAUCUCCUCGGCAACACAUAUAACCUUAUUCAAGUCACCUUGAUAUAACUUAUGCUUCCAGACUGAACGUUCGCUUGGAUUACUUGUUGGGCAAAGGGACCGGCGUUCUCAGGUACCGUGUUUCCAACUUCUACGCAGACAAAAAGACAGAAUAG